CGAGUAAAGUGCCUCGGCUUAACAUCAAUGUCAUGCACCUGGGACCGAAUCCCGGGAUCGAAUCCUAGGACUGAAUCCCACCUCGUUUGCAGAGGCGAAUACCUGAUCGGUGUGCCCAAUGCCGAUCCACUGCAUAGAAUCGCGGUAGGAUUGCUGGCACCUUUGGUGCUAUCCUUAAGAUGGAUACCUGCCCGUUUGUGUUUGAUUCUUAAAUCGGAAGCUAUCAGGUUCCUCGGGGCUCCACUACCAUGACCUGUGGCCCUCUUUCCCUUUUCUCGUGGUAGAACUUUUGAUUUCUUGAUAAAUCUUCGCUUGAGUCCCUUUCCAACACUCCACACAAGUUGUUGAGGAGGUUGCAUGACUCCUGUCCUCACUAUACUCGGCCUCACAUUCUGUGCCCCCCCAGCUACAGCCCCACCAUCUUUCUCGAUCCCCGAACUUCCCCUGAAGCCAAUCUGUCUCAUCAACUGUUGCCCUCAGACUACGAAGCAUGGACUGGCUUGGACAUGCCAAAAUCAACUUCACACACGCGCCAUCGCCUGUGUCUCUCAAGGAGAAAGAUGGUACUCAGACUGAUCUACUGAAGGUAUGCGAGAAGAUCACACCACCAUGCCAGAUGAACCCUCUCCUCUUCAACGGCCAUCUGCAGACAAUGUGGACGGUCACGAAGCAGCACGGCCCGCCGGUGUACUAUCGCCGAAAGGUGUUCCAUGCCGAGGACAAGGCGUUUGAGGGUACCUUUGCUGUCGACUUUGUGACGGAGCCCUUUGAGGAUGCAGACAGCAGUCUGCCGCCGCGUACGAAGUAUUUCGAGGAGCAGGACUUUGGUAACCUAGCUUCGGACGACGACAGGCCCCAGCUGAUCGUUCUUCACGGUCUCUCGGGAGGCUCUCAUGAGAUCUAUCUAAGACAUGCCAUAGCGCCGUUGGUCGACUCGGGGAAGUGGGAGGUGUGCGUAGUGAAUUCGAGAGGCUGCGCGAACAGCAAGUUCACCAGCGGCAUCCUAUACAACGCCAGGGCGACUUGGGACUUCCGCCAGACGGUUAAGUGGAUGAGAAAGAAUUUCCCGAACCGGCCGCUGUUCGCCUUGGGUUUCUCGCUCGGCGCCAACAUGCUGACCAACUACUGCGGAGAAGAGGGCGUCAACUGUGAGUUGACGGCCGCUAUCGUCUGCUCCAACCCCUUCAACCUUGAGGUCUCAAGCAAGACAAUGAGGCGGACGUUCCUCGGCAGAGAGGUCUACCAGAGAGUCAUGGGAAGCAGCAUGAAGGAACUUAUCGCCGGGCACAAGGAGGCUGUGCAGAAGUACACAAACCUGGAUCUUGAACGUCUCCAGAAAGUGACGUACCUUUGGGAGUUUGACAGAGAAGUCCAAUGCAUAAGCUGGGGCUACCCUACCGAGAGUGCUUACUACCGCGAUGCGUCAUCGUCCGAUGCGGUAUUGGCCAUCAAGAUUCCAUUUUUUGCUCUUCAUUCGACUGACGAUCCCAUUGCCGUGAACGAGGCAAUCCCCUACGAGGAAUUUGAGAAGAACCCGUAUACUGUCCUGUGCACGACGUCCCUCGGUGGGCACCUCUGCUGGUUCGAGCCCGGCGGCGGGAGAUGGCACGCAAAGCCAGUUGCAAACUUCUUCAACCACAUGGCAUUCAACGUAGACCACAGCCAACUCCCCCCCAAGACGAACGGAGCCCCGCCCACGAACGGCAAAUCGAAAUUUCACUUCAACCCAGUGAGGCGUAAGAUGGAGAUCAAAGCAAGCUCGGAAUAGACGUACCCAAUUAGAUAUAGACCUUGUAUAGAGCGAAUGAUGAUUUAGAUAAAGAGGGAA